UGUACGUCAGAUCAUAAUAAACAACUCAAUUGUAAUAUAAACAAUCUGCCGUUCAAUAGUUCAGUAGCCAAGAAACAAAAAAAUAUUGUAAUCAUUUUAAGCCAUGGAGAAUAUUUUAGAACCUAGCAGUUCCGAUGAUAACAUGGCACCGGAAGGCAAGAAAGACAUACAGUCGUUGCUAUCAUCGGAGGAUGAUUUAUUUGAUGGUCCGCCUAAUUCAACAAUCAAAAUUGAACCAACCCAGCUGCAGGACGAUGCUUCCCACAGGUCGUCGUACUCCCUGAAAACCGAAUUCGAGGAUAUAAUUCUUCCGGAAAUCAGCCGCGAGAUCAACACUGUCGAUACGGCGAGCAGGGAGCAGAUCCGAAUGGAACAAGAGCUAUCGAAACUGAAGGAGAUGAAGACUAAGAAAAUGGUUGAGGAAGAGGAAUUGGAGAAAAUGCAAGUUCUCGUUUCGAACUUCACGGAAGAACAACUGGAUCGCUAUGAAAUGUACCGAAGAGCAGCCUUCCCGAAGGCAGCCGUGAAACGACUAAUGCAAACUAUCACCGGUUGUUCCGUGUCCCAGAACGUAGUGAUAGCCAUGUCCGGCAUAGCGAAGGUGUUCGUGGGGGAAAUGGUGGAAGAAGCACUGGAUGUUAUGGAACAGAACGGUGAAACGGGAGCGGUUCAACCGAAGUAUCUUCGUGAAGCAGUACGAAGAUUGCGAGCACGGGGACAGAUACCUAACGGGCGGGGACAUAAACAAUUUUUUAAAAUGAACUGAUUAGUUAAAUAUUUGUAGAUUUUCUAAUUUUCGGAUAUAAAGACUUUUUUAACCUUA